AUGAUUCAACUUGAACUAUUAUCUAAUGAAUUAUUACUUGAAUUAUUUGAAUAUUUAAAUAUUAAUCAUCUUCUUCAAGCUUUCUUUGGAUUCAACGAUCGAUUCAAUCAGCUUCUCUAUACACAUUUUCGUGAUCAUCAGUUAAAUUUUCAUUCAAUAUCUAAAGAUAAUUUUGAUCUUAUUUGUCAACAAUAUCUUCCAUCUAUUAUUGAUCAAGUUCAUUCACUUUAUCUUUCGAAUAAAGAAACAUCUGAUUUACCUCAACUACUUUUUUCUCGUGGUUUUACUCUUGAUCGAUUUAUUAAUUUACAUUCACUUUCACUUUACAGUAUUCGCUUUCUACAUCAAUUCAAUCAAAUAAUAUAUCAAUGUCGUUAUCUUCCUCAUCUCAUUUAUCUCAAUAUAAUAAAAUGUCCUACCUUUGAAUUACGAGAAUAUAUUCUCGUUCAAUCAAUAAAUACUAUUUGGAGUAUACCAACACUUACUCAUUGCAAUUUAAAUGGUAUUCAAAGAAGUGAACAAUGGGUAUGCAGAAUUACAUCAGUAUCGACCUCGAUUAAAUAUCUUUCUAUUGAAAAAAGUCAAUGUGAAUUAAGUUCAUUAUCGCAUCUUUUAAAAUGUACACCUCAUCUCAAAAAACUUUCUACAGUUGUUCGAUGUUCCAAGUCAGAUGAAUGUCUAGAUUGUGUUAUUCCUUCAAUGAAAUCAUUAAAACUUGAUUUUCGAGGAUCUGCCGAUUUAUUAAAAAGUAUUUUUCAGACAAUGCCGAAUCUAUGUCAUUUAACAAUUGAUAUAUCUCAAAUGUAUUUAGAUGGACAUGCAUGGGAACAAAUUAUUAACAAUUAUUUACCAAAACUAAAAAUAUUUCAAUUAAAAAUGAAAUUUCAAUUUGAACAAAAUAGUGAUAGUAUGGUAGAGAAUGUUGAUAAACUUUUAAUGACAUUUCAAACGACAUUUUGGCUCGAAGAAUAUCGAUGGUUUGUUCGAUGCCAUUGGGAUCCAUCAGAUACACUUCGAUCAACUAUUAUCUAUACAUUACCAUAUGCAUUUAAUGAGUAUUCAUAUUCAAAUGGAUUUUAUUCGAAAUCAACCUGUCUUAAUGAAAAAGAUUAUUGGACAUAUGAUAGUGUAGAUAUGAUAACUCUAAACAACAAUAGAAAAACUUCAGACGAUACUCAUACAGUUCCUGUCUCUCAUUUUCCUAAUAUUCGUCAUCUUGAAAUCAAUUUUCCAUUGAAUGAACAUUUUUCAUUACUUUUUCCAUCAUUCCAUCGUCUAACAUCACUUCAUAUCCACGUCGAUACCAAUCCUAAUUAUGAUCAACUACAAAUGUUAAUCAAUCAAGCACUUUUUCUUUAUUCACUAAGAUUUAGUCCUGCUCAAAAAUCUCGUUAUGAACUGUUUCAAUCAACAAGCAAAUCAAUUCGUCGACUUGAAUUUCCAUAUACACCAUCGACUCGUUCAAACAAUUUUUCUAAUCAAGAUUGUUAUAAUUUAAUUAAUUCACCGCUAGGAAUUCAAUGUGAAGUUCUUUCGAUCUGUUUUGAAAACCGCAUUGAUAUUCUUAAUCUUAUUCAAAAGAUGUCUAAUCUUCGAUUAUUAGUUUUUAAAUACGAAGAUGAUAAUGAAUUUUUUCGAAGUGUAACACCUGGAGGAGAUGAAUUUGUUCAAUGGUUGAAAAAUCAUUUAUCACCGUCACAUUCAAUCAUUAGAGAUCCAAGAUCAUUUGCUAUUCGAAUUUGGAUCGAUCGACAAAAUCAUAAUAUCAAAUCAUCGGAAUAUCAAAAUAUAUUUUCUUGGUUUUUACCGUUAAUAAAACGAUUUUUUUCAUAA